CCCCCGCCACCACCACCACCACCACGCAGGACGCGCUGACGGAGGAAUCUCCACAAUGCGGAGGCGGCGGGGCCGAGGAGGCAGAGAACGAGCGGGCACGACAGGCGGCAGCACGGCAGGUGAGUGAUGUCAGAAUUCUGAUGGCCCAAGACGACCCUCAGGGCGCCCCCGGGCAUCUCGCCUGGGCCUUUUGCGUGGCCGGAGCCCCCCUAAAGGAGCCCUUCCACUUCACGGUGCUGCCCGUGGCCUCGGAGCCCCAUGCGGGGCUCCACGCGGGGGCCCUGCCGGCCGAGGCAUGCUCCGUGUUUCACGGCUCCGUCUCCGUGAGUAUCGCCGGGAGGUCGCGGGUCGGCGCGGCCCGUCUCCUCGCCGAGUUGGAGGACAGGCUGCUGCUGCUCCUGCGGUCACGCGGCAGCAGCCUCCUCGCCUUCAUGGCCCACAGGCAGCCGGGAGCACCUGGAGCUCACCUGCGCACGGGAUACCUGGUGUCCUGCGAUGAACACGUGGACACGUUGAUAAAAGAAAUGAGCGCGGACAGCGACGCGGAGUGGCAGGUGUGUCGCUACGAGGCGCUGGCCGACGGCUGCGUGCGGCAGACGGUGCAGCGCGGAGGCGGCGGCGGCGGCCUCACGGGCGGCACGGUGGUCCCCGCGGAGGCCCCGCCGCUCCACCCGGCCUUCCUGAGCGGCGACACCUACCCCGUGUUCCAUCGCUACGAGGAGGCGCGAGCCGUCAUGGAGGAGUGUGUGGAGUUCCUGCCCGAGGCGGCGGAGCUGCUGAAGCUGAGUGAGGAGUGGAGGAAGGUGAGCGCGGAUCGCGGCAGCGGCAUGGCCGCCUCCGCCUCCUCGUCUCUGCACCCCAUCGUGGUGCUCGAGGGUCUGGACGCAACAGGCAAAUCGACGGUGACGCGAGGUUUGCAGCGGAGCCUCGGCGCCACCCUCCUGCCUCUGCCGGCCGACCACCUGGACUCGUACCUGCCGCUCUUCGUCAACCAGCCGAACUUCAUCCGGCGAGCCUACUACUGCCUCCGCAACUACAUCCUCGACGGCCAGGCGUCCCAGGCGGCCCGCAAGGGCCCCGUCGUCCUAGACAGGUUCUGGCACAGCACGGCAGCCUACGCCGUGGCCACGGAGGAUAGCGGCGGCGGCGGCGUGCCCGUGGGCGCCCUGCCUCCCGAGGGACACCCCGUGUACCGCUGGCCGUGGGACCUGCUGGCGCCCAGCGUGGCGGUGAUGCUCACGCUGAGCCCCGCGGAGCGCCAGCGCCGGCUGCUGGGCCGCGGCGAGGACAUCACGCGGGAGGAGAGGCGCCUGCAGGAGGACGCCGCCUUCAGGGAGCGGGUGGAAGAGGCCUACCGGCGCAUGCGGGAGCCGCGCUGCAUUCCCAUCGACGCGUCCGACACCCCGGCGGGCGUUCUGCAGAAAGUCAUGGACAUCAUCCUCCAGCACCACGAGCACCUCAAGCCCUGCUGAGCGACAGGCCCGGUGGCGGCACAAGGCAAAAGCAAAGCAAAGCCAAGCAGGCUUCGUUAGACCCGCAGCUCGGGAUCAACGCCUAAUAAACGUCACAAGAGAAUUUACAUUAACACCAAUUAGUCUGUCUUCUCUCGCCGGACGAUAUCUCGCUAUUGUCUCAUCCUUUCUUUAAUUCCACGACAUCUCUUUUGUUUAGACAUCGGUGCAAAUCCUAAUCCUAGUGGACCCGUGGAACCAGUCCAUUACCAAAUGUGAGAAUGGAUGAAUCUACGUAUUAAAUCUACGUAUUUAAAUACAUUCCAGUUCCAAAACACAAACCCCACAUUAAAUGUUUUGCCGGCUGGAA